UGGUGUCUUCUGGCGAGCCUUGCGGGACACUGCGGCACUCGGCGGGCGGCGACGUGUGUCCACAUAUAAAUGUAAAAAUCAUGACGUGAAGGGCACGACUUUGAAUUCGGCGUGCGAGUUGUGCGGAAGCUGCUGCUGGAACCACUUCGAAUCUCGCGUCCGACGCCUCCAACCUAGUGCACACCAUGGCAGAGUCCAGCCAAGCGUGGGUGACGCUGGCCACAAAUGAUUCCUACAGCCUGGGCGCCCUCGUUUUGGCACACUCGCUCAAGAGGGUGGGCUCCACCCGGCGGCUUGUCGUCAUGGUCACGAGUGGCGUCACUAUGGUUAUGCAGGAUCAAUUACGUGCUAUCUUCGACGAGGUGCACUUGGUGGACGUGUUGGACUCGAAAGACGCCGUCAAUCUGGCCCUGCUUUCUAGACCCGACCUAGGCAUCACCUUCACCAAACUGCACUGCUGGCGCCUCACAAACUACAACAAGUGCGUCUUCCUCGACGCAGACACGCUCGUGUUGCAGCCGUGUGACGAGCUCUUCGACAGAGAAGAGUUUUCCGCCGCUCCCGAUCCCGGCUGGCCGGACUGCUUCAACUCAGGGGUGUUCGUCUUCAGGCCCAAUGAGGACACAUACAAAUCCCUUAUUUCACUCGCCCUCACCAAAGGCAGUUUUGACGGUGGAGAUCAAGGCCUCCUGAACACAUACUUCAACGACUGGGCAACGAGGGACAUCAACCGCCACCUUCCAUUCAUCUACAACAUGUGUUCACCCUCACAUUACUCCUAUCUGCCUGCUUUCAAACAGUUUGGCGAAGGAGUGAAAAUUGCUCACUUUAUUGGUCCAAACAAACCAUGGAGUCAGUUCUUUGACAGCGAGACCAAGACCGUUCGUCCUUCGCCCACCGCAGGACACCUCAAGUACCUGUUCCAAUUCUGGUGGGACCUCUUCUGCGCUCACGUGCACCCCCACCUUUCGCCGGACAUGUGCCAUAGGAUCUUGCCUCAUCUAGCACCUUACACGGCUGACUCGUUUCACCUUUCCUCUUCAGAACCUUCCUCUUCGGCCCCUGUAAUCCCACCCAUUUACUCCAUUGGGCAUUUCAGCGUCCACUGCUUAAAGCCUAUAAAACCGCCGGACGCGCAACUGCCCGCGCCCGACGAUUUCAAAGCCCCCCCGCACACGCAGUACCCCCCGCUGCAGCGCUCAGAGCCCGCACCCCCGUUACCCCCGAUACCCCCGGUUCCCGCCUCACCCCCGCAGCCGCAGAUCAUGAUCACGGCGCCAGACCGCGAGCAGAGUCUCACCCCGGACAUAAUUCUCCCCAAAGGCCCGCCCCCGGACACGUCGGGCAGCACCUGCCUGCUCGUGUCCAGCAGCGACAGCCAAAAAAUCGAGUCUGACGAGACGAUAAAUCCACCUAACACUCCCUCUAACACUCCCACUGACCCUGAGCCUGGCCAGUCAUUAAACAGCGAUCAGCCUGUUGUUGAAAAUUCACAGGAGCCAAGUGAAGCCGGUCUCGCAUCCGCCUUCUCCCAAAUGAAGCUGGGAGAGCCGUCGCCAGCUGCCACGAUGGAGCUGCAGGAGCACCUGCGUCGCUCGGCGUGGGAGCAGGGCUCGAUGGACUUCAUGGGCGCCGACGCCUUCGAGAACAUCUGGAGCAAAAUCAUGGAUACGGUCAACAAGGGCCCCAGCAAUAAGUAACCACCAAGUGGCCGCAUUCACUUGCUGAGACCCGGUCCUUGUAAAAUAAGCUUCACUGCACACACUCUUAUUUUUACUGAAAUAUAAUUCGUUUCUAAGAUGGAAGCUUUUCUAUUAUGCCAACGCUGUUGUUUUGUAACUUUCUUUCCAUCAAAUUAUUUUACUUUUAAUUUUCUUACGAACCAACUCUCCCCCUCCUUUGGUGUAUGGUUGUUUUUAAUGUGUUGCCAUCUGUAAUUUCUAGUCUCCAAUAACAAUUUUGAGUUUUGAGAUUAUUUAGAGCAACAAUUCAGCAAUUGUACGAUACAAAAAAAUCAAAUUGCCAGUUUAGUGCCAUAUUUUCAGUAACGAGAGUAAUUUUGAGGUUAAAUUAUGAAUAUUGUUGUCCCGGCAGAAAUUGCAAGACGUUGAUAAAUCAGAGAAUAUAUAUAAAAAGCCCUGCUUGUUACAAA